CGGGCAGAGGAGGGUUAUUUGGUUUGAAAGAGGAAAACAGUGUCUGUCCAAAGCGUCACAUGGGGCCAGGCGAGCAAAAAAAAAAAAAAAAAACAUCGCUUCCUGAAAUGAGACUCGUCGCUGCUUCUAUUUUCUAUUCGCCCUGCGUGAUAAUAUCGCUUCGCGUUUGAAUUGAAUUUUCCGUCCGGAUUUUGCUCCAGCGGGCUGUCUGCUGUAUGUCUCAUAGCCGAUGAUGAUCAGCAAAGUUAAAAACGCGAUGUCCACUCUGGUGGGAGGGAUGAUGCCACACGGCCACCACCACCAUCACUCAGGUACCGGGCAGAACUGCGGACCGGACAGUCUACCGCCGCGGUUCCCGUACGGCCGGCCGGAUUUUUUGGACCUCACCCCGGAGCUCCUGCAGUACUCCACCGAGCACGCGUCACGGCCGGUGCUCACGUUAAAGAGAGACAGCAGGCUUCCCUGGCGGACGGGCUACGCAGAGGUGAUCAAUGCGGGGAAGAGCAUGCUGAACGAGGACCAGGCCUCGUGCGAGAAGAUGUUUGUGAAGAGGCCAAGCGGAAAACACCGCAACUCCACUCUGCUGGAGGACAGCGGGGAUGGCACAGGGAUCCCUCUGCAUUUCUGGGGGGUGUUUGAUGGCCAUGCAGGUUCUGGAGCCGCCAUCAUGGCUUCCAAGCUUCUUCAUCGCCUCAUCAGAGACCGCUUGGGAGAGAUCGCCCACCUGUUGGAGAACCCCUCCACUGCUCCCCCCAUCUGCCUGGCUAAGAACGGCAGCCCGUACCAGGUGGAGACAAAGAAGGGAGCUGCACAGGAGCCGGAGGACGCCGAUGCUAUCAGCGACCCCUCAAUGCGCUUUCACAUGGAGAAGGUUGUCAGUUUGGAGAGCCUUGUGAUGGGCGUCAUAGAGAACGCCUUCAAACAGAUGGAUGACCUGAUUGAGAAGGAGAAAGCAUCUUAUAACAUCUCCGGUGGGUGUUGUGCCUUAGCUGCCAUCCAUUUGAUGGGGAAACUCUAUGUAGCCAAUGCUGGAGACAGCAGGGCCAUAAUCAUACGGAAUCAAGAAAUUAUCCCCAUGUCAAAUGAGUUCACACCUGAGUCAGAGAGGCAGCGGCUGCAGUAUCUGGGCUUCCUGAGGCCCGAGCUCCUGGGGAAUGAGUUCACUCACAUUGAGUUCCCGCGCAGGAUCCAGCACAGUGAGCUGGGCAAGAAGAUGCUCUUCCGAGACCACACCAUGACUGGCUGGGCUUACAAGACAAUCAUUGAAGAUGAUCUGAAAUUCCCCCUGAUAUAUGGAGAGGGCAAAAAGGCACGUGUCAUGGCGACUAUUGGGGUAACUCGUGGGCUGGGAGAUCACGACCUGAAGGUGUACAACUCCAACAUUCACAUCAAGCCCUUCCUGUCAUGCUGCCCCGAGGUGAAGGUUUACGACGUGGCUGAAAACAAGCAUGGCCCGGAUGAUGUGCUGGUCAUGGGCACAGAUGGAUUGUGGGAUGUAACAACGGACAGAGAAGUGGCAGAUGCCGUUUCAUCCUUCUUGUCCUGCUGUGACCCCUCUGAUCCCAUGAGGUACACACUGGCAGCCCAGGACCUGCUGAUGAGGUCACGAGGGGUACUGAAAGAACGCGGUUGGCGGCUACCCAAUGAGAAGCUGGGUUCAGGCGAUGACAUCACAGUAUUCGUGGUCCCCCUGGCGGGGCAUGAGGCAGAGACAUGACAAGGUGUUGCACCUGCUGCUAAGACAGGGCUGACUCCUUAGGGUCCUUCCCAUGGUCCCUUCAAGCUCCUAUCUCCCAGAGCGCUGGGGCAGGGGGAGAAGAAGAAAACACCUUUCUCAUAGGGAAGACUUGGGUCUGACCAGCAGCAUCAUCCACCACUAGACCAGACCCAGCCCCGCCUCUUCACUUCAGCUUAACCCGGGAUCAGUCACCCAUGUUGUUCUGUUGGUCAGUCAUGUCAUCUAAAAGAUGUUCUAAGAUAUUAUUAUGCUCCUUCUCCUCCUGCUUUAUGUGACGGUUGCCAAUGACAAUGAAGUCCUUGUAGUGUUUUUUCCCCCUUGUUCGUUUUGACUUGCAAAGCUGACUGGCUGUAGUUGAAACUUUGAGUGGACCAGUCAUCAUCUCAUCACGUCUGAAAAGUGACCCUUUUGAAAACAGCCGCCCGCAAUUUCACAGCCAUUUACUGUAAGAGGUUCGCAGUGCAGACUGUGAGGGCACCACACAAUGCCAUUAUGGCGUGGGAAUGUUAGUGAAUGGACUGCUGUAAACAAAACAAAACGAAAAAAGUAAAAGAAAAAAAGGACUGUUUGACCUAAGUCUGUACAUUUAAGAAGCAUGGACGUUUACUGAGGUGGAAACAGAGGAAUGGACCUAGUCAGACUGGACUCAGACACAAUCAACUGAGUCGGUAUCUCUGUACUUUCAAUGUUAAAACUGCAGUGAGUGAUGGAACCUGAAGCACUUUAAGACUGUCAUACAUGCUCAACGAUAGCCUGUUGGUUGAUUUGGGAUUCCAGUUUUGUAUCUUUUUAAUGAAUGUACUCAUACUUAAGUUUAUUUUGGUUUUCCUUUUGCCAUUCCAGCAAAGAGGAUGAUAAGAUAAGAAAGAAGAUAAUAGUAUCAGAAUGUGAUCAUCGGUUUAAUUUUUUGUCGUUCAGCCCUCAGAAGUAACAGUCAGUAAAUGUCUCGGUAUGGUAAGAUGUGAUCAACUUCACAAAUAUGCCUUAUUAUGCUCAAGAGAUGAGAGGGACUGUCAGAGUUUGUUUCUUUCAGAUGGACAAAAAGUUUCAUCCUUGUAGAAGUGACAAAGGACAUUGUAUACCCUCCGAUGUAUACCUCUUUUGUACCAUUUUGUUAUGUCAUGUUGUUAUUUAGAUUAUCCAUAGCUUUUUCAAGAAAAAAAGGAGAAAAAAAAUGGUUAUGAGCUGUCCUAUCAGAAAGUUUAUUUUUAUGUUUCUAUCCAUAAUUGAUUGUUUAGAUGGAGACAGUGCGUCCUUGAUAAUGAGCUACCAAAAUGAGAAUUGGAGGGAUAAUGUGUACCAAACUGGAAAUAAAUCACAUUUUUUCCCAUAA